AUGGCGAGCGUACCGAUUGUAGAUUUCAGCGCCUUUACGACCGCGCACCACGACGCUAGCGACAAGGCGCAAACGGCGCGGGAAAUCGACGAAGCGUUCCGCAGCGUGGGCUUCGUGUACCUCCGGAACCACGGGGUGCGGCAGGAGAGCGUAGCCGGGUGCUUCGAACGGUCGAGGAGCUUCUUCGCUCUGCCGGCAGAUGCGAAAAUGCAGGCUCCUCACCCGCCCGGCGCAAGUCACCACAGGGGCUACUCGGCGCCGGGGCUGGAAAAGGUAUCGCAGCACCUGUACGAGGGGGCGGAAGUGAAGCAAGCGCGCUUGGUGCCCGACUACAAAGAGUCGUUUGAGAGCGGCAACGUGAACGAUGCGGCACAGCCCAACAUCUGGCUGCCCGACGCCACCCUGCCCGGGUUCCGCGCCCAAAUGGAGGCCUUCUUCCACGAAUGCAAAGUCCUCGUGCACCGGCUUCUGGACGCGCUGAGUCUCGCGCUGCAGGUCCCUGGCGCGGGUCUCUCGCACACGCACGCAAAGAGUCUGUUCCAGCUGCGCAUCCUGCACUACCCGCCCCUCGCGGCUGAGGACCUGCAGCACGGCAGACGCAGCAGGAUAAACGCACACUCCGACUUCGGCACCCUGACCCUGCUGUUCCAAGACAGCGUCGGCGGGCUCGAGAUGGAGGAUCUGCACAGUCCCGGCCGUUUCAAUGCCGUGCCGCCCGUGGACCAGGCCGUGCUGGUCAACGUGGGGGAUUUGAUGAGUAGGUGGAGCAACGAGCGGUGGAAGAGUACGGUGCAUAGGGUUGUCUCGCCGCCCGGUGGUGAAGGAGGAAUGCUGCCAGAUCGCUACUCGAUUCCCUUCUUCGCCACUGCGGAUCCGGAUAUGGUUAUCGAGGCGCUGCCGGGUUGUUGGGACGCGGAGAAUCCGAAAAAGUAUCCGAGUGUGACGGCGUGGGAGUAUGUGCAAAUGCGUAUGGCUGCGUUGUACGAGGACGCGAAGGAGUAG